CCUCUUAAACAUCUAAAUUUAGCCGGAAUAUCACCAUUAUCUAAAUCAAUACAAUCAACUUUCAACAGUACACCUUACACCAAAGGUUAUGGAUGGAGCCAUGCCGAUUUCGCCAGUGUAAACAAUCUGAAGCGCAUAUAAUCUAUGAGUAUCUGAUUAGAGAUGCUUUAUAAGCAAAUGUGUGAGGCGAACCGUCGCAUAUUUAGCUGUUGGUUAUUUAGUUUAUAUUUAUAUAACACCCAUAUAAGAUAUGCGUCAUUUCUCUCGCAUGGCCACAUCAAAUAUCUCCGCCAGAGACGCGUCGCUUAUAUACUGUGCUUCAAGUUAUCGAGACAUGGGUCCUCUAUACUAUAUGAUCGAAUCACUACUGUACUACACACACAAUUUUCUACUUCAAAUUGAUUUGAUAGUUAAUCACAAAAUUACGAUACAAAAAUAGAAACCCUUAUGGUGAACGAAAUUGUCACAAAACUCCCCUUACGGCCUCCAAUAUUCAUCAAUUUAAAAAUACUAAAUAACCAAGAGUUUUACGAAAAAAUAAAAUAAAAUAUAACCAACCAAUGAAUUCACUUUACCGAGAUAAUUGAACUUAAUAGUACCUCACCAAGGUGUUAACUGAGUUACCUACCAUAAAUUUCUUAAAUUAAUAAUAAUCCGAAUUGUUUACAUAUCAAUUAAAACCCAUAUCUGAUUAUCACACAUUUAUAUCCCACCGUGCAACUAUACUACCUAUACAAAAAUGAAACUGAAUCAAAAGGUUUCUUACGCUCGUCACAGACUAUCCAACUCCAACACAUCCUUACUGACCUUACUUCUAUUUUUUUUAUCAAUUAGAACCUGCACUAAACAACAACUAAGUAACUCAAAUAUUUAUACUAAACUAAAACUAAAAUAGAAGUACUUCGAAUCAACAAACAGACACCUUAAUGGCGGCUCAAUGUCUAAACUGCAAAUGCCGAGGCUCCACCAGAACAUUCUAUAACCAACCAUCAUCUUAGAUGCGUCUGUUGCGGCAAAAACCACUUUUAUUACAUUUCGCGACCCCCCACCGUAAAAUUGUUCCUAACCUGAUGAAAAUCACUCCACCAACUAUUGUGGAUGUCAAAUUUUCAAAAAUCUAUAGCAAUUCCGAAAUUCCUCACUACCCACCUGCUGUAUUAAGCAUUUGAUAUAUGUAUAAAUAAAACAAAUACAAACGAAAUAAAAGAUAAUUCAAAUUAUAUGACCAAUACAUUGUCAAACCCCACCAUCCGACAUCACCUCACCCUCAAAUAAUUAAAUAACAGUUAAACCAAUUCACAGGCCACAAUGUCAAACAUAAACCAGGUACUAACAAAUCAUAAUAAAUUCCAGUACUUACGUAAGUAAUUAAAACGAAAACAUUUCAUCUCAAAUGACCUUCUUCCUAAACAAAUUUAAAUCCUUAUAAACCCACUCAUUUCACUUUUUACUAUAAUAAUCGACGAAAUAUCAAUUAUCAACAUAACAACCGCUCAUUAAAAAAAAACAUAUCUAAAAUAAAAGGUGUUGUUGAUGGAUGGUUUUCCACUCACGACCAUCUAUAUCUAUAUUUACGCUAAAAACGCCAAAAAAAAAAAAAAACCGGGAAUAAAAAGAAUUGACAAUUAUUAAAACUUAAAUAAUACCUAAAGAUAUCAAAAAAGUAAUAUUAUGUGACGGAAUCAUACGCGUUGUGUCCGUGUACAACGAUAUGAACAUUAUUAUGUUGCGUAUUUGUGCUUAAAAAAACGUUUAGUAUCAGAAAAUCCGUUUCUAAAAGUAUUUAUAUAAUCGCUCAAUGCAGCGCUUGCUGCGUAGAACAGUGGUCAUACCGCUCCCGACCAUGCCAACUGUAGUAGUGAUACGAGCCCGGUAAUCGAAAUCCCGAGUGCUUCUGUCAAUUUAUUUAUUGCAUACUUAAAUAACAAAACAAUUUAAUUUUCUAAUUUUGAAUAUGAUAUAAUACAGAUAAGAGUAUAUUAUAUAUAAAAUAAAAAACCUACAUUACAACAAGAAAUAUUGCAAAUUUACGUCAUAAGAUAAAUUUGUUUUUUUCGUUUCUAAACGGGCUUGCUGCGUGCGCUACCUCGAUUGCCCGAUCACACGCCACUGGUGAUAUGUCAAGCAGUAAAGCCCUAAGUAGCAGCAAAUUCACCAAGAUUAAAAAAAACAAAGAAUUAAAUGGUAUUGAAGCUUGGCCAUCUUUAGGAAAUUCCCAGGGCCCAGACAAAAAAUGUAUAUCACAGAGUGAAAAUACUUCACCAAAUAUUCAAUCACAAUUGCCAAAAGUUAAUAAUUCUGUAGUUGCAAAAGAUGCCCAGACUUCUACUAAUGACAUAAUAUCAGCUAAAAAGUCUUGUCAAAAGAUUAAUGGUGUUAAAAAAAAUGAAACAAACAAUGACCUCCCAAAUAUUAAUGAACAAGAAAAUGGUACAAAUUCUGGCCAUUCAUCAUCCAAUGAAUCAAAUAAUAUUGAUAAACGAAAAAAAGUUAAACAUUCUAAAUGGACACCUCUUGAUAUUGAAAUAUCUAAAGAAAACAGUUAUAGGAGCAGACUUUCAAAAUAUCGUAGGGAUCGAUCUGGUGGUCGAGACAAAAGUAAUAAUCAAAUUAGGAAUAAAAAUAGUCGCAAGGUUUCUGAUUUGUCAGAUAAUACUAUCUCAGAUUCUGACAAACGUGAUGGAGGUCCAAUGCGAUACCUGCGACACCAACGAUCUCGCAAUAGGCUUCAAGAUGAAGAACCUAAGACUAACUCCCAAAAAACAGAUGGAAAGAAUGCUAGUUAUAAUUUUAAAGGAAGUGAUGUUUUGUACUCAGGUCCAUCCCGUUUGAAUUAUACCCAACCUUAUUGUGAAUUAGUUCCGUUUAUGACUUAUCCAGUGAUAAACGAACAGACUGUGAUUAAUCUUCUUAAGCAACAAAUAUCUUACUAUUUUUCAACAGAUAAUCUUUGCAAAGACACAUUCUUCAGAUUUCACAUGGAUGAACAGGGUUAUGUUCCUGUAACAUUUAUUGCAUCUUUUAAACGUGUGAGAGAACUUAGUCAAGAUAUUAGCCUCGUUAUGAAAGCAAUGAUUGAUAUGGAAGAAUUAGAACUUAGUACUCACAUGGUAAGGUGCCGAACUGAUCCAACCAAGUGGCCACUUAAAGAAAUACCUCAACAAUUUUUAUUUAAAAAUAAUUUAAAUGCACAACAUCCAUUAUUUGCUCAUCCGAUGGGACCGCCUACUAUUGUUCCACUUAUUUCUCCAGACUUAAUGGUAAAAAAUCUACCUGCCCCUCCUCCGCCACCAAGCAUACACAUAGUUUCUGAUCCACAAGCUGCCAUGAAUCUUAAUCCCGAUGUCCCAGAAUUCGUUCCAAGGAAUGGCCCCAUAGAAUUGAAGACUGAAGAGAACUGUGAUACUAAUGACUGUGAACUAACAAGAAUAAAAGAUACUCCUUUUACAAGUAGUAGUGAAGUUCUUGAUACAUCCAAUAAAUCUAAUGGUCAACAUUCAAAAAUUGCUAAUUUAAAGUCUGAUACAAUUAAAGAAGAAUGCAAUGACAACAAAAAUGUAUCAGUUGAAGUUUUAGAUGAUAAAGAAUCGUGGAAAGAAGUAAAAAGGCGCUCGAAGCCUAGAAACAGUAGUUCUAUGACAUCAGAAACGCUAAAUGUAGCAUCAAAUUUACCUAAACGUAAUUUUCCUGAGAAUCAAAUUGAUACUCAUGCAUCAAAUUCGUGGGAUCUUGGAUUUCAGUUUGAUGAAGAUCUUGCUGUUGUGCCAUGUGGAAAAAUAAAUAAAUUUAAUGAAGAUCCAAUUGGUUCUGAUACUGAUGAAUCUGACUAUGGAGAUAAAGAUGAUUUUGAUGAUAAAGAUAUUGACAAACUCAUGAUUAUUACACAAAAAAUGAUAAGUCGCCCUCAAAAGAUUGAAGAUCGAUCUCAUGAUAAAACAACCCGUGUAAAAAUGACUCAAGAUUUAGAACAUGCUAUUGACUUAGGUUUAAGAUUAUAUGAAGAAGACUUAUGGCAUACAAAUUCUACGAAUCAAACUUCAUCUUACAAGACUGUAAAUGUUGUUACUCAAGAGGUUUUUGAAAGGCUUGUACCAAAAGCUCCAAAGAAAGUCAAUCAAGUUCCUCCACCACCACCACCUUCUCUAAACGUUGAUAAUUUAACCGAAAUUAUGGAAUCUACUGAAAGAAAAGAAAUUGAAAAUAAACAAGUGAAAACUCAAACUGCAACACAGACUAAGACUAAAGUGAAAUUUGACUUACAAAAGCCAAAUCGUCGUCACUUCUAUGGCGAUAUUGAUGAAUCUGGACAUAGAAAACGAAGCCGUUUUAAUGCGGACAGUGAACAUCACGUAGGUUGGGUGUUAGAUUCUCGUGCCCAUACUAGACCUCGUACAACAUCAUUUGGUAGUGGGACAUUAGGAACUAGUCCUAGUCCAAGUGAAGGGUUUCUAUCUAGUACACCCCAAUCAUUGCCAACUUUUCAUCACCCUUCUCAUGCAUUGCUUAUGGAAAAUAAUUUUACUCAACAAGCAUACCAUAAAUAUCAUUCACGUUGUUUAAAAGAGAGAUCUAGACUUGGGCCAGGAAUGUCUCAAGAAAUGAAUACGUUAUAUAGAUUCUGGUCAUUCUUCUUGCGUGACAAUUUUAAUAAGAACAUGUAUAAAGAGUUCCAAUCUUUAGCGGUUGAUGAUUCAAAUAAUGGUUUCAGGUAUGGGUUAGAAUGCUUGUUUCGUUACUAUAGCUAUGGUCUUGAAAGGAAAUUCCGACCAGAAUUAUAUAAAGAUUUCCAAGCAGAAACUAUAAGAGAUCAUGAAAAUGGUCAACUUUAUGGAUUAGAGAAAUUUUGGGCCUUUUUGGAGUAUUACAAAUAUAGUAAAACGCUUCAAGUAGAUCCCAAGUUAAAGCAAUUCUUGAGUAAAUUUAAAACGAUUGAAGAUUUCCGAAAAGCAGAAGAGCAAUUACCUAAAAGUGAAGGUUAUUUGGAUGCAUCUAUGAGAAAAAUGGCGCGUAUGAAACGCCACCGUAGUUACUCUGAAAAUUCUACUCUUGAUACUUUAAAAGUUGCAUCCGAUGUUGUAAUAAAGCCAUUGAAUAUUACUUCUAAUGUUCCAUCAACUAAUGAUGAAAAUUGGCGUAAAAACUCUGUAUUACCAAGAAGAAGAUAUUUAUCUGUUGGUGAGAAAUCAGGAGAUGCCAAAGGACCUAGAAUUACAAAGGUAACAUUUGAAUUGAAUAAAAAAGGAUCAUCAACAAUUGAAGAAAACUCUACUGAGACGCCAAAACAAAAGUAAUGCCCCAGAAUAUCACUGAGAAAAUCAUGUUAUUUUAUUAAAAUUUAUGAAAUGAAUACUUAGUAAAAACACAUAAAAAAUUUAACUUUGGACAUUUUAGAUAUUUUUAAAUUUAUUUUGUUAUGUUAUUUAUCAAGAUUGACUUGGGUCUAAUAUAUUUUUAAACAAAUUAAACUUGAUUAGCUUUUUCAUGAGCACCUAGACAUUUUAAUACAUAAAUAUGUAUUAUGUAAUGCACGUAUCUGAGUGCAUUUAUAUUUUAACAAUAAAUUCUUUAUUGACACCAAUGGUUAUUAAUAAUAAAUUGUAAUAUUUACGCAUAUUACUUACAACUUAAUAAUAUUAUGAUGAAGACUGAAUAUCAUUGUUUUGUCAUUUUAUUUCAAUAUUAAUUUCUUCAUUUUCCAUUCAAAAUUUAACUUACCAUCUUUUAUUUAUUUUACUAAUGUUUAUUGUAAAAUGCUAGUCAUGUGAUUUGCUAAUUAUUAAGUUGAUUAUCAAGUAAAAAAAAAAAAUGUUUGGUGAGUCUUUGAUACCUAACAUAACAAUUAAUUAAUUAAAAAAAAAAACAAAAGUAUUUAAUAACAGAAAUUUUGUUUUGUAUAAUUAAUUACUUUAAUAAUAUUAUGGAAAAUUUAUUAAGUGUGAUAGUUUUUUUUAAUAUUUUAACAAUUGUACUGUAUAAAGUGUGUUGCUUAAUUUAAUUAUUUUGUUAAUACUAUUAUUUUAGUUAUAAUGUUAGCAUUUAAAUUUGAUAACAUUGUUGAAGAACAGUUCUUACUAUCAUAUUAGUUUAUGGGAAUGGGAUUAGAUAUCUUAUAUUUUAUUUUAUUAUUCCAAAACUUGGAUUUUAAAUUAAAAAAAUCUAAUAGUUGUAUCUAUUGCCAUAUAAUUAAAAAAAAAAAAUAUAUAUAUUUAAAUUAGAAUUAUAAAGUUGUCAAGUCUUAGAUUGUAUAAGACUUCAAUGUGCUCACAGGGUUUUUUUUUUAUUUAUAAUUAAUGAAAUUGAAUUCAAAACAUAAGGAUAAUAGUAUAUAUUUAAUAGUAGUUUUCAUAUUACUUGUCGUACAAUUUGGAUUAGUUAUUAUAUUACUGAAUAUGUCAUUAUUUGAAAGCAGAAGUAAUAAUUUAUUUUUAUUACUUAACAUUUUCAAUAUAAUGAAUGUAAAAAUAUAUAUAUAUUUUGCUCUUAAUAAUACUGAAAUUUUGAAAGAAAGCAUUAUAGGUUAUUAUUGUUUUAUUUAUCUUAUGAAUUGCUCAUUGCUCUUACUUAAAAUUGAGUUAAAAUUUGUCAAAUCAAAUUUCUAAUGAUUGUGUUCAUUUUUUAAUUUUUAGCAAUUAUGUUAGUAUAAUCUGAUUGCAUUUUUAAAGAGUAUAGCUAACUUAUAUGUCGCGUAUUGUAUUUUCCAAUAUUUUUAAGUAUUUUUAAAGUAGAAUAUAAAUACAUGUUUUUUUUUUUUAGUAUAUGUAUUUAAUUUAUGAUAACAAUUAAUGAAGUUUGAAUCCAAAUUUAAAGCCUUAUUUUAAAUAUAUUUUUAUUGAAUUAAAAUAUGUUAUAAUUAAAUUACCCAGAAUUUUUUGCGACUAAAAUUAUUAUAUAUAAAAUUUAAUUU